AUGCUAAGAAGAAUGACGUCAAAACCAAUAAUAAGCAUUGUUGGUACAACAGGGGUUGGAAAAUCCCAAUUCAGCAUAGAUUUAGCGAAAGCUAUUAACGGAGAGAUCAUAAAUGCAGAUUCUAUGCAAAUUUACAAAAAGCUUGAUCAAAUCACAAAUAAACAUCCUUUAGAAGAACGUAGUGGAAUACCUCAUUAUAUAAUGGAUUAUGUUUCAUGGGAUGAAGAUUAUCAUAUUCAUAAGUUUAGUCAAGAUGCUCAAAAAUCAAUUGAUGAUAUUCAUAAUCGAGGAAAAGUACCAAUUGUAAUUGGUGGAACUCAUUAUUAUUUGCAAACUUUAUUAUUUAACAAUAAAACAUUAGAUGAUUCAAAUAAAACUUUAAAAGAAUUGACCAAAGAACAAUUGGAUAUUUUAGAUGGACCAGUGGAUGUUUUGUUUAAAACUUUGGAAGAAGUUGAUCCUAUUGUUGCAAAGAAAUUUCAUCCCCAAGAUCAUAGAAAAUUGAGAAGAGCAUUGGAGAUCUAUUAUACUAGAGGAGAGAAACCAUCUGAGAUCUACCAUGAACAGAAAUUAGAUGAAUUAGAAUCAAGUUCUUUAAAAUAUAAUACUUUAUUCUUCUGGGUUUAUUGUGAUCCUGAUGUUUUAAACGAGAGAUUGGAUGUUAGAGUUGAUAAAAUGAUGGCACAAGGAGCAAUUGAUGAAAUUAAAGAGAUGUAUGAUUUUUAUAAAGAUAACAAGAAAGAUGAAUCGUCGUGUACAUCAGGCAUAUGGCAAGUCAUUGGAUUUAAAGAGUUUCUUCCAUGGCUAGAAAACAACCAAGUUGAUGAAAAACAAUUCAAAGAAGGUAUUGAGAGAAUGAAAAUUAGAACUAGACAGUACGCUAAAUAUCAAGUAAAAUGGAUUAAAAAGUCAUUGAUCACAGAACUAGAUAAGGAGUCGGCAUUUGAUUAUGUCAAUGGUGGGAAAUUGUAUAUUUUGAAUGCAACUGACUUGAAUGUAUGGCAUCAAAAUGUUGAUGAUAUUGGAAUUCAAAUCGCUAAAGAGUUUUUAUCAAAUGGUGCCAAUGGUGUAACUUUACCACAAGCUCCUCCAGAAUUGCAUGAAUUUUUCACUAAGAAAAGUACAAAUCAAAGUAACAGAGUCUUGGAGUCACAAGAAAACUGGAAACAUUACACUUGUGAAAUAUGUAAAGACAAGCAAGGCAAACCACUAGUAGCUGUUGGUGACCAUAGCUGGAAUGUACAUAUCCAAAGUCGACGUCAUAGAAAGAAUGAAGAAGGAAUCAAGAAACGAAAACACAACGAAGAAAUGAUUAGGUUGAAGAAAUUAAAAGAAGCUAGUUCUGAAUAG